CAAUUGUUGAUUUUAGUAUAAUUCAUUAACUUACAGCUACAAACUAGAGUUAUACAGGCCUACCUUAAUAAUUAAUAUUUUUCACCUUAUAGUUGCUUUUAACAAUAAACAAUUAUGGAAAGCAUGAAAGCUGUUAAUAUAAAUGGUCUAAUUGAGACUUUUUCAGAACCAUCAGUCCCACUUCUGAAUGGAUAUGUGGUAUACAUGAUGCAAGUUUACAAAAAUACCUCCAUCAACAAAUUGAGUGAACAGUUAGCAUUAGAGCAGCAUCUGGCUGAUGUUGGUGAUGAUGUAGGUUUGAGGAAAGUUUAUAAUGCUGUCAAGAGGUUGAAGAAAGAAGUCAGCCGCCUGAGGUGCACACCAACCCGCAACUGGAAUAGAAUAGUUGAGCUUUUGACACAUCCAUUCUUUGUUCAAGAUGAGAUUGCUGAUAGCGGUAAGGAUAUUGCUGGCCCUUCAGUAUCUGCUGAGGGAAUUUCUAAUGAUUCUUUUAUAACAGGUGAUGAUAAUAUGGUAGUAGGUUCAGCAUGCAUGGAGGAACACAACUAUUGUGUGACAGAUGGAAGUUCAGCUGAUGUAGGUGUGUUCACAGCUACCAGUAUUGACAGCACAUACAGAUUGAGAGCUAGCAAGUGUGCCAGGUGUGUUCUGAGAAAUCAGACCAUACUUCGAUGUAAGUACACUAUAAGUAAACUAAGAAAAGAUGCUAAAACAGUUGAGGCUGUAAAAGUUAAAAGCUUAAGAAAAUCAUUACAGAGAAAACAGACACAGAUCCAGUGUUGGAAGAUAAAAUAUUUCACAGAAAAGAAAAAAAACCAACAGAUGUCGAAGCAGGUAUUGGCUGGUGCUGAAACAGCAGGAAAGGGUAAGCUAUUGAGAAUAUCUCAUAUUAAAUAUGCUAAAUUGCAGGUUAGGUUUCAGAGAACGACUAGACAUCUUCAGCAAGUAAUCAGAGAAUUGAGAGCCAAGAUUGAUAGUGCUAAAUGGGAAAUGGAUAGGCUGAUUGCUGACAAUGACAGAUUAUUGAAGGAGAUAGAUGCUUUAAGAGGAGAAAGGGACAAGAUCUCAGCAAAGAAUGAUAUCCUUCAAGCAGAGAAUCUCAAACUGAUUGAGGAGUUUGACAGGGUCAUUGACGGAAACCACAAUGAUGAUGAGGAGCCAUCAUGUAAGUAUGGAGUGAAGGUAAGGAAAAUUGCUUAUAAAAGUAUAUUAAAGAAUGUCCCUGUUAGGAAUGUCAGCGGGCUUGCAGAAUUUAUUGCGGAAGCUGUUGGGAAAGAUACGCUGAAGAUGCCUCAUUUCACUAGUGUGGCUAGGAUGGGACACGAGCCAGGAGUCCUUGCUUUAAUCCAGGUGGGUGAAGCGCUUCACAAGUGUGAAUCUGCUUGUAUUAGUUUUGAUGCCACAACCAAAGGAAACAAGCACAUUAACACUUUUUCAAUUUCGACAGCACCAUCUGGAGAGAAGUUGGCUGUAUCGACUGCUAGGGUUCCUGGUGGCACGGCUAUUGAUUACGCUAGCCAUAUAAUUUCUUCCAUGAAAGAAGUGGCUUCUGUCUACAGCGACUACACUGGCCUGCCAUUCAUUGAAACAUUCAGCCUGUUCAGGGACAAGUGCACCUGCAGUGUGACAGAUAGGGCGGCUGUGAACACAUGUGUGUUGGAAAUGCUGCAAAAUGAGUUGGAUAUGAAGCUGAUUCAGCUCAACUGCAACAUACACCCGUUAGACGCAGUGGGAUCAAAAGCCAGGGAGUGUCUAGCCAGUUUAGACAGAAAGAUAAAGUUGACAUCUGCUUCAGGGAAAAGUGUCGCAGCUGCAGUGGGUGUAAUAAUGAAUGUUUCAAUGCUCAGAUACAGCCAGCAUGGGAAACCUGCAGCCUUCAAAAUCUACCUGAAAAGGAAUAAAGUAGCUGCUGGAACCUUUGUCCGCUAUGUUGGGAACAGACUGCAUGUGAUGUUCCACAUGGCUAGCGUCAUCGUCCAUCAUAAAAAACUACUACUGGAUUUUGUGACUAGCUAUGGUAAUAACAACAUAUGCACACGGUUGAAGAAGGAUCUGAACCUCAGUCAAGUUCUGGUAGAGCUGCAAGCCCUUGGACUCAUUGGAAAGCUGAUCACCGGACCUUGGAUGAGGCUCAUUUACAAGAAUGCAGUUAAUAUGUCUAAUCUUAGUUUUGCACCUUUGUUCCAGAAGGCUAAACAGGAGAUUAGCAGACUGAAGAAUAAUCCUCGGAAUGUGUUAUCAGUUGACUGUGAUGUAUUUGGUCAGCAUCUAGAGGUCGACAAAACCUUGAUUGCUCUUCGUAAGGUGCAAAAUAAGCUAUUGUUUAUGAAGGUGAUGAAGGCUUUGUUAACUUCUACAGAGGCUGUCCUAGUACGCCAGUUGGACAGAUAUCUGGUUGGAGAUCUGUCUAGCCCCAGUAAUGACAUGUUGGCUGCCACCAGCUCUGCACCACCCAACAAUAUCUUUUCAGAAAGGUGUCUUGGCAUGGCAGACUUCCUUAUUCGGCGUACCCCGAAUGUGUCAGUUGGUUUUCUGGAUUCAAAAUUAAAAGCAGUCACAAAUCACACUAUGGACUGGCUGGACAAAAAACCCAUGCAAGAGCAGGUGAAUCUGGUGACCUUCGCGAUGCAGAGGGGUGCCCUGAUAAGGAAAGCCUGCAAUCUGUUACAGCAUGAAAUAGACUCAGACAUUUUAUCUCGAAUGAAGCAGAUGAAGAAAAAGUUGGAGGCUACGGAGCGCAGAGAGACUGAAAAGUCCAUCUAUGAUGUGUUGUCUCGAUCGAAUGUCUCAGUAAACCAUCCUCUAUUUCGUGGUGUUGACAGAAAGCAGAAACCAUUUUUGUUAAGAAUUUUGGGUGGUGAAGAUCUGCUUGGUGUCCAGCUGACUCACAAGUGGGAGCUAGAUGAUCAGAAAGUGCAUCGCUAUUAUGGGAGGAUUAUUAACAGAGUACCAGCUAAAAAGAACAAAUCUGCUGUCUACACUGUGAGCUACUGGGCACAGGAUGAGGAUGAAGCUGAGGACUUUUGCCUAUCUGCUGAGUCACUAAUAGCUGACUUGAUUAGUAGGGAUCUCUGCUUCACAUCCUAAUCUGCUGUUAAACCUUGAACAGCAGGAUUUUUAACAAUUUUGGAUUUAAAAAAAAUAAGUAUUGUUUCAUUUUAAAUUUGCUUUACUCCUUUGUUAAAUAUUUUUAUUAUGUUUACAAUUACAUGCAAAGAUUGCAAUAUAUGCCAUGCCUUUACAAUAUUAUAUAAUUUGUAUUUUUUCAAAAGUGUGCUAAUUUUAAAAAAAUAUUCUUUGGCUUGAUGGUGCAGCUAGUUGAGGUUUUAUCACAAUAUAUAUUUUUUUAGUUUCGUAAUUGCAUGCAAUGUUUAUAAUUUAUUACUCAUACAGUUUUUUAUUUUGAAAGUUCAUAUGUUUUUAUAUUUCUGCUUGCAGCACUCUGAUGGGCAUUACAUAAUGAUGUACAGUUUUUUAAAAUUAGAUAAGUACUAUUUAUAAUCUACUAUUUUAGUUUGUCAGUUAAGAUUAAUUAUUGAUUUAUUUCCUUACUAGUACUAUUUCUUAUUUGGAAAGUUAAUUUGUUUUGUAUUUCUGCUUGCAGCACUCUGAUGGGCAUUACAUAAUGAUGAACAGUUUUUUUAAAAUUAGAUAAGUAAUAUUUAUAAUCUAGUAUUUUAGUUUGUCAGUUAAGAUUAAUUAUUGAUUUAUUUCCUUACUAGUACUAUUUCUUAUUUGGAAAGUUAAUUCGUUUUUGUAUUUCUGCUUGCAGCACUCUGAUGGGCAUUACAUAAUGAUGAACAGUUUUUUUAAAAUUAGAUAAGUAAUAUUUAUAAUCUAGUAUUUUAGUUUGUCAGUUAAGAUUAAUUAUUGAUUUAUUUCCUUACUAGUACUAUUUCUUAUUUGGAAAGUUAAUUCGUUUUUGUAUUUCAGCUUGCAGCACUCUGAUGGACAUUACAUAGUGAUGUACAGUUUUUAAAGAAUUAGAUAAGUACUAUUUAUAAUUUUACUGUUGCUUAGUUUGUCAGUUAAGAUUUUUUAUAGAAUAUAUUUUAUAAAAAUUGUAUUGGCUAUUACAUUUAGGCAAAUAUGUAACGGCAUGUUUUUAUCUCUGCUUUUAUAUUUAGCUUAUGGUGUUAUAAUUUGAUUCACAAUAUUGUGUAAACAAUCAAAUUAAUUGAUUUUUUUUUUCUAAUGCAGAUUUUAGUAUCUUUUCUUGACUGAUGAUUUUCAUUCAACCUGAUCAUUCUUUAAUUUUCAUCAACUAAAACUUAUUAUAUAAAUCACUUUGUUGUACUCACACC